AUGGUCCUCUGCUCUCCCAUGUUCCUCUGCUCUCCCCUGGUCCUCUGCUCUCCCCUGGUCCCCUGCUCUCCCCUGGUCCCCUGCUCUCCCAUGGUCCUCUGCUCUCCCAUGGUCCUCUGCUCUCCCAUGUUCCUCUGCUCUCCCCUGGUCCUCUGCCCUCCCCUGGUCCUCUGCUCUCCCCUGGUCCCCUGCUCUCCCAUGGUCCUCUGCUCUCCCAUGGUCCUCUGCUCUCCCAGUUCCUCUGCUCUCCCUGGUCCUCUGCCCUCCCUGGUCCUCUGCUCUCCCCUGGUCCUCUGCCCUCCCUGGUCCUCUGCUCUCCCCUGGUCCUCUGCUCUCCCUGGUCCUCUGCUCUCCCCUGGUCCUCUGCUCUCCCCUGGUCCUCUGCUCUCCCCUGGUCCUCUGCUCUCCCUGUCCCUGCUCUCCCCUGGUCCUCUGCUCUCCCCUGGUCCUCUGCUCUCCCCUGGUCCCUGCUCUCCCCUGGUCCUCUGCCCUCCCUGGUCUUCUCUCCCUGGUCCUCUGCUCUCCCUGGUCCUCUGCUCUCCCCUGGUCUCUCCUGCUCUCUCCCUGGUCUCUCUCCCCUGUCCCCUCCCCCUGGUCCUCUGCUCUCCCCUGGUCCUCUGCCUCCCUGGUCCCCUCCCUGGUCCCUGCUCUCCCUGGUCCUGCUCUCCCUGGUCCUCUGCUCUCCCCUGGUCCUCUGCUCUCCCUGGUCCCCUGCUCUCCCCUGGUCCUCUGCUCUCCCUGGUCCUGCUCUCCCUGGUCCUCUGCUCUCCCCUGGUCCUCUGCUCCCCUGUCCCGCUCUCCCUGGUCCCUGCUCUCCCUGGUCCUCUGCCUCCCUGGUCCUCUGCUCUCCCUGGUCCGCCUCCCCUGGUCCUCUGCUCUCCCCUGGUCCCUGCUCUCCCCUGGUCCUCUGCUCUCCCCUGGUCCCCUGCUCUCCCCUGGUCCUCUGCCCUCCCCUGGUCCUCUGCUCUCCCCUGGUCCUCUGCUCUCCCCUGGUCCUCUGCCCUCCCCUGGUCCUCUGCUCUCCCCUGGUCCUCUGCUCUCCCCUGGUCCUCUGCCCUCCCCUGGUCCUCUGCUCUCCCCUGCUCCCCUGCACAAAGUUAA